AUGGCAAAUCCAACUGAGUGUGAUUUAGAAGCACAUUUUCGGGAAGAAUUAUUCCAAAGAAGUGAAGGAAAGAAAUCUGUCUUGCUUCCAAAAGAAGAGUAUAAUGAAAUUAUUUCAGAGCUGACAGCAAUUGACAAGUCAGGCAAAAAGACGCCUCAUGAGUACUACCUUCUGAAGAAGUAUGAGAUCCUCAAGUGUGGUGAUGUUCUCAAGUUGAUUAGAAGACGGACUGCCAAUGAAGAUCCUAUCUAUUUUGCUACAUUGGAGGAUACAUUCGACAUUAUUAAGCGUGCUCAUAUUGCAACUGGCCACAGAGGGCGCUAUAAGAUGGUAAAGGAAUUAUCUAAAAAGUAUGCCAACAUUACCCAUGAUGCAAUAUCUAUUUACAAAUCACUGUGCAUCGACUGUCAGCGUACACGUAAGCGACCAACAACCAAAGGGACUGUUGUUCGACCUAUUCUGACAAAGAACUUUGGCUCCAGAUCACAAGUUGACCUUGUAGACAUGCAGGCGAUGAAGCAAGGCAACUAUAAGUGGAUAAUGGUCUACCAAGAUCAUCUUACAAAGUUCUGUGUAUUGAGACCUCUCACAUCAAAACGUGCUGCAGAAGUUGCCUGUUGGAUAUUUUUCUUUUACUUGGUGCACCGGAAAUUCUACAAAGUGACAACGGAUCGGAGUUUACUGCUUGUGUUAUUACAGAACUUAAACUGCUUUGGCCUGAUCUCGUAA